CCACUGUGGGGAAAGAGGGCUGGUUUUCCAACAGGGGAAGAGAAACCAUUCAGUUGUCAGUGUGGGGGAAACAGCAGCCAUCCCUGAGCCUCAAGGAGAAGAAAUGUGUGAUCCAGAAGAACCUGAGAGCACGGAACUGGGAAUCAGGGAGAAGGAGAAAGAGGAGAUGACCCCUGACCAGGGCUCCCAGCAGCAGCAGAAUUGUCCUGGACCAAGUGAUUGUGCAGUCUCCCUCUGCCCCAUCUUGGCCAGAUUGAGCUGGACUCCAACGCGCCUGAUUCAGCUGCUGUUCUGUGCCUCCUUAGCCCUCUGCUUCAUCCUGAUUAUCGUCCUGCUGGCCCAAGUCUCACGGGCUUGGGACCAAAUGCAGAGGGAGCAGAAGGAGAUGCACGUUCAGCUGAGCCAGCUCUCCGCCCUCUUGGAAGAAGAACCAGAGGCCCAGGACCCAACCGAGAGAGAGCGGGAGGUGAUCCGGACAGAACUCAGCCAGCUCUCUGCUCAACUGAAGGCCAACCUGGCCACCCAGGCCAGAGACCAUGCUCAGAGUGUGCAGGAGACCAUCCAGACUGAACUCAGCCAGCUCUCUGCUCACCUGAAAGUCAACCUGACCACCCAGGACAGAGAGUGCAUUCAGAGCGUGCAGGAGACAAUCCAGACAGAACUCAGCCAGCUCUCUGCUCAGCUGAAGGCCGACCUGGCCACCCAGGCCAGAGACCAUGCUGAGGGUGUGCAAAAGAAGAUCCAGACAGAACUCAGUCAGCUCUCCACUCAGCUGAAGGCUGACCUGGAGGCCCGGGCUCAAGACAUGAACAAACUGAUCCACCUCUCUGGCCAGCUGAAGAACGCCUUAGGCUUCAUGUGCAAGCCCUGCCACCAGGAUUGGAAUUCUUUUCAGAGUAGUUGCUACUUCUUCGCUAACACCCGCGAGAAUUGGGAAGCAGCCAACUUGUCCUGCCAGAACCUCAAAGGACAUCUGGUCAUCAUCAACAGCCCCAAAGAGCAGAACUUCAUCAGUCAGCAGCUGAACAACAGGCAGGCCUGGAUCGGCCUGAGUGACCAAAGGACCGAGGGUCUCUGGCACUGGGUGGAUGGGAUGGCCCUCACUCUGCAGUUCUGGGAGAUCGGAGAGCCCAACAAUGCUGGGAACGAGGACUGCGCCGAAAUGACUAACGGGCGUUGGAAUGACGUGACCUGUCAGAAGGAGUCGUUGUGGAUCUGUGAGAGCCAGGCCUUCUCCUGCCCCAGCCCCGACUCCGACCUCACCUGAGCAGUUCCGACAUCGGGUUCUGGGGGUGGCCAGGUUUCCGUGUGCUUUGCGGUCAACAUAAUAAACGUCGACCUUACGUUCA